GUCCAUACUUAAGGUUGAUCAUUACUCAAGCGUUAGUCCAUACUUAAGGUUGAUCAUUACUCAAGCGUUAGUCCAUACUUAAGGUUGAUCAUUACUCAAGGGUACUUCCGGUUAAUCAUUAUGUCUCCUCGGUAUCUGGUCACCACCAUCCUGGUCUGCUGCUUUGCUCUGACUGUGCUCUCUGCCAGGUCGUAUCCACCUCGUCCUAAGAGGGCGGCCUGCUGUGUGAAGUUCACUAAGCGGCCGAUCAGUGUCAACAUAAUCAAAGGUGUCACCAUCCAGGACUCUCGUGGGCCAUGCCGCCUCAGUGCUGUGAUAUUUCACACCACCACCACCACGGAUGUUUGUGCGACUAUACGGCACAAAUGGGUGAAAAAGGUUCUUGAGCAACUUAGUGAUAAAUUCAAGGCACUCUCUAAAACCCUGGAGAAACACAACCUGCUGAAGAAAAAGCACCCUGCUGUGGUGAUGCCUACUAACGGCACCGGCAUCACACUGGUGGAUGUAGAAGGCUCUACAGAGCCAUUCGGUGCCUUACAAUAGCCGAAGAUUAUUUCCCCUCAUAAAGCUUUAAGAACCGCUUUUAAAUCUGGAACAGUCUGUUGUAUUUUAGUCUUAAGUGUUAACUUACUAAAUUAUAGUUAGAGACAAGUUAUUAAAGCUAUCUUUCUUGCACACAAUUUUUCUGCUAAUUACAAACUGCUGAUUACAUGUCUUAUGGUAAUAACGCAAAGCUAAAUGACAA